AAGUAUUCAUUAUACAAUUUUAUUAUGCUUCAAUAAAAUUGACACAAAAAAUUUAAUGUACGUGCUCCAUUGAAAAGAUGAGAUGAAAAUCCAGAUGGUUAUCCAGAUGUAUGUGGAUUCCUAUGGAUUUUAGAUGGUUUUGUAUGGUUCUAUAUGGAAUUCAUAUAUCUAAAAUCCAUGGGAAUUGUUCCGUUGGAACACAGACAGAGCCAUCGCGAUUGACUGCGUCAAGGAAGUCGUUCAAACUUGUCGCGUUACGCGCCAAAGCGUGUCAUUCGUGGACGCAAUCGGUCUCCCGUAAUCACCCGAUUUUUCCGGACAUCGCGCUCGGAGACACGAAGCGGGGAGGGGAGACCCGAAGAGAAGCCGGCAGGCCCGGCACGUGUCGGCCGACCCUCUCUUCUCCUUCGGACACCGAGCAGUGCAGUCGACUUCUCCGACAAGAAAGAUUAAUGUACAUGGAUAAACAAGACAACAAUAUGUUAAAACCUUCAUCAUCUUUGAAAAUUACUUUUGAAAGCAGCUUGCUCCCGGAAUUCUUAUAUCUUUACAAAAUGGGGUCAUACAUCUGUUAUGUGCAGAGGAAAACUAACAUGUGGAAACUGCAGAGAAAGCCAUAAUACUGAAUCUUGUGAUAAUAUAUUACCAAAAUGUGUAAAUUGCGGAGGAGAUCACAACACGAAAGAUCUACAAUGUCUUUCUUUUCUAUAUUAUAAGUUGGUCAAUUACGUAAUGGCCUAUACGAAUAACUCGUCGCAAUUCAAUGUAAAACGACUUAUCAAAAGAAGAAAUAUAACGGAUUUUACGCAAGUACCUAGUCUAUUUAAAUCCCUUACCUACAUGGAAUGCUCAGAAAGAUUGGGAAGUUCUCCCUAUAAUGGAUAAUAAGUCGAAUAACUCCAUGCCGAAAGUUAUAUUAUGGAAAUAGGAUCAUGGAUUAAAUUCUGAUAGAGAUAAUAACAAAGUCAGGGAAAUAGAGCAAAGAAAACAUAGACACGACAACACACAGUAUGCUAUUCAUCAAGAAGUACAUAGCAGAAAUCCAAGCAUAGAAUUAAUAGGUAAUGCCGGCCCAUCUAUACCUAUAAAACUCAAUCUUAACCAAAGAAUAAGAACGGUGAGUUCCCGUUCGCUCUCAAUAGGAUAUUCAAGAGAAAAUAAUCCGAUUGAGGUAGAACAGGAAUCCUACACAACGGCUACAUCUCAAGACAAAUCGGAAAAUAAUAAUUAUCAUAUAAAAAAAAUUUAAAUAAGGAAGUAAUACUAGCGGAUAUCAAGAAAUUAAUUAAUUCACAAGAGUCUAAUGAAAAUAAAUGGGAAGAAUUAAUGUACUACGUCAUGGCAUUGACAAAUGUUGAAGGAAAAAAUUGAUCUAUGAUCUGAGUCUAGCCAUUUAAAACUAUCAUCUAUAGUACCAAUAGAUAUCAAAGUAUUUCAAUGGAAUUGCAGAGGAGUUAUCGAAAAAAAGAAUGAGUUAUCAAACUUAUCACUAAACUUUGACGUUAUUUGCUUACAAGAAAUGUGGCUUCAUCCUUGUAUUAAAUGGGAGAUAAACAAUUUUUAUAUAAUUAGAAAUGAUAAAGAACAGGAUCAGUUUGGAGGUGGUACGGCUGUAUUAAUAAGGAAAAACUUGAACAUGAAAGUCUUUAAACUAAAUCUACCGAAAUAUAUUUGGGCAUUGAACACACCGCAGUAAUGUUAAAUAAAAAUGGAAAGAAUAGCAAUAAAGAGGUUUCAAUUGUAUCAUUGUACAGACCUAACAAUCAUAUUAAUAUAGAAAAAUGGAACAAACUUUUUAAUAUACUAAAUACACUGUCGCUAACCUACGAUAUAUGUAUAUGUGGUGAUUUCAACGCACAAAAUACAAGUUGGAACUCAUCUAUCAUUAGUUCGACAGGCAAAACCUUAAGUGAAGCUAUGAAUCUGUCUCCAUUUAUGUUUCUCAACAACGGAUCGCAGACCAGAAUCUCAGCAAGUGCCAACCAUUACAGCGUACUGGAUCUUACGCUUGUUUCGGGCAAUCUUUGUUCUAUCUCUUCCUGAUCAACCUGGGCGGACCCAUUAGGAAGCGACCAUCUCCCAAUAACUUUCAAUAUAAUUGUCAAUGUUAAUAAAAAAGACAACUAACAUUCUCCGAACAUGAAAAAACUAGAGGUAAACUAAAUUUGUGUUAUAUGGUGUAACCGUCGCUCGCGAGCGACGGCCAACUUCGCCUCCGUCCCUGGUCGCGGCCCUGAGCCGCCCGGGUGUCGGGGCGACUAUCUUCGUGAGGUUUCCCGACGUAAUACUAAGUUGGGCGCCAGGUACGUUAAGCGUACCACUCUGUGUGCACCAAAUCGCAAACGAAUGUUACGAUACUUGAAUCGCGGGAAAGACGGGCGCACGCUAGGCGACCGGGGCGUUAGCGGCUCCGAUAUCCAGCUGCUCAGCUCUCAAAUGGCAGAGGGGUAGGUUCGGUGCGGGCGGGUGGAAUCGGGAAGGCGAGAGAAUUACUUACACGACACAAAUGUAACAGAGAAAUUAACAAUUGUAUUUGACCGUAAGAAUUACAGUAGUGGGCGACUCUGCAGAGCGGUGAUGGCUCGCGCGCGUUACCAGCUGGCGACCGCUGGGUAUCGAAUAUUGCGAGAACGGUAUAUUGAACGAGCGGGUUAUGAUGCGUACACGGGAACUCUCCGACUUGUCUACGCUUGAUCCGGCGUCGUUGGUGGACGCCAACUCCCGCCAGGAGGACGACCUCGUCAAGGGCGAACGGGACGGAUCGCAACUCCGAGCCCGCGCGACACGCGACGGACUCGUGUUCUCCCGCGCUCUAACGAUUCUCGCGAAUGAUAAGCGCGAUAAUUAUUAUUUACUCGCCCGUCGGGCGAUUCAAGACGAUUGCGUCGAUAACGAUCGGAGCGCACUCACCGAAGGGCCCGCAAUAACAGUGCGAUCGACCCUAUUAUACAAUAUCAACGACUAAGUUUUCCAAGGCGCGACAAGAUACAACGCGGGAAUAACCCGCGACACGACGACCGGACGAAACGACGAUUGACUCGGCUGCGGAUCGGGACGCACACACAACGCGAAGCUAUUAUGAAAUGUACAGCACGGAGCGGAAUCACGCGGACGGGCGCGAUCGGGCGAGACAACGAUGCUCCGCUAAAUCCGCGAGCUCGUGGCUCCAAUAAAUAUGCCGAAAGAUACUGCGAUAAUUACGCGACUUCCUCACGGCUCGCCCAACCCGCGAAAUCGGUGGCUUUACAAUUCGUGUGACGCUCGUCUCACCACUUUGCCUCUCUCCUGUUGGCCUCCUCCGGGUCGGGAUGACUUCCGUCCCUGCGUCCUCUCUUACAGCUCGGCUCGGGAUCUCGGAACGCACGCACAGUUUUAGUUUCUAAGUCCGCAGCACGAGUGAGGAAUCCUGGAUCUCGCGGGAGCCGCUCGGCGGCGCGCCCCACCUUGCCUCCGGCGCUCCAGGCCCUUAUUGGCUGAUUUCGCGAAAAUCGAUUUUCGCGCAGAGCGCGGUGCCCACGCUGUCGCCGGCUGAUCGAUCCACGCACGGCAGUCGAUAAUUAUGGGCCCCGGGCACGGGAAUCCUGGCGCUUCUUUACGCGGCCGACUCUUCUCUCCUCGCCCGGCGUAUCCUCCGCCAUCGGGACGUUAUUUCCUCCUCGACGGGGCGUCGGCGGAUCUUGAGUUGUCGUGAUUCUUUCGCCGGACUUCCCGCGGUAUCGGGUCUGCAGUCGCCCCGUCGGGAUGUCGGCAUCGCGCGCCGUCGCUGGGUCCUGAAAGCAUGAUUCAGCGGCAGUAUCGGAAUUCUUACAUGGCACAAACGGUAGGCAAGAUAAGGGCGGCAUUACCUGCGAACCCCCGCUUAGAAAGAGUCUUCUUUGACUACCUCGUUGUCUGUUCCUCUGCAAUCUCCGGGAAGAUUUUCCGUUGAGACGAGACGUCCGAAAACUAUAACGAGAUCUUCAGAGCCACCGAUCUCCGCCGCACCCGCGGUAUAACGCUCGCAAAAAUCUUAACAAUUAAUUAGAUGGACAGCACGUGGGACGUCACACAUACAAAAGUACAAGAGAAUACGCUUUUGCGUCCGCUCCCGAGCGGGAGGACGCAGGGCCCGCGUGAUGUUAUUGCGUAAGGGCCCUCAGGGCCUGGUGACGGACAGCAGCCUGCGGCUGUCACGUCACAAUGGAUAGAUCAAGGUUCCAGGAAUUAAUGUCAGAAGCUUUUUCUACACCUCAAGAAUUUAGUCAAUCAGGAGCAGAUCUAUAUAAACAAUGGAGUGACAGAGUUAUAAAUAAUGCGAUUAGAUCUGGAGCUCGUCUAACGGAAGGAAAUGGUACUAUCAAAUUUUUCAAUAAAAAAAAAUGCAUGUUUCAAACAAAAGAAAUUAAAAGAUAUAGGAAGACAACUAAUAAACCGUGGUGGGAUGCAGGAUGCACCGAGGCAAAAGUAAUAAAGAGAGCAGCCUUCGAUAACCUCAAGAAGCAUUAUUCAAGAUUAAAUCUCUUGGAAUACAGGAGGAUUGCUGAAGAAACAAGAAGAAGAAUAAAUAAAAGGAAAAGUCAACAUUUUAAAAAGUUUAUAAGUGAAUUGAAUCCGACGGUUAGAGCUAAGGAAUUUUGGUCUAAAAUCAAUGCGUUCAAAAAGUGUGCGUAUCUAAACCCUUUAGAACCUCCGAAUGAAUAUAAAAAAUCUAAGAUAGAGGAUGUAGUUAAUACGGUUGCCUCAAUGUGGGUCAAUGAUUCUUUUCCAGAGAUGAAUCACUCAGAAUAUAAUCAAUUAUUUGAAUCCUUAUUCAAUUUGCAAGAAAUUUUAAUAAUAAUUAAGAAUCUCAAAACUGAUAGUUCUCCGGGGCUUGAUUAUAUAAACAACCCAGCAAACACAAAGUUACAUGUAACGUGCUUAUUGUUAGUUAAAACACACGUGUUAUAUUACUAUUACAUUGUUGAGUGGGAAAUUACAACUAACAGGUACGUUACAUGUAACUUGGUGUUUGGUGGGAAUGGGUUAUUAAGGAUCCUACCACUAUCAGCGAUUGAAUCCUUGUUAAACAUAUUUAACAAAAUCGUUCAAGACGGGUCUUAUCCAGCGGAUUGGAGAAACAUCGACGUUAUGCUUAUACCAAAACCAAACAAAAUUGAUUUUAGACCAAUCUCGCUAUCUUCUUGUACACUAAAGAUUUUUGAAAAGUUAAUACUCAAGAGAAUAGAAAGAUUAGUGGAGAUAAAUAACAUUUUGCCAAGAUCACAAUUUGGCUUUUGGAAGAGAAAGUUGUGUGAGGACUGUAUUUCACUUUUAAAACAUAUAGAGCUUUCUUAAGGGGCCACAUGACGGGGGCUUUGCUAUUGGAUAUUAAGGCUGUUUACGAUAAUGUUAGUCCUCAAUUUCUUCUUUCUAUAAUUAAUGGUCUCCCAAUGCCUAAAAGUUAUAAAAUAGUGCUUAAAAACAUGCUAAGUCCGAGGAUAACCAAUUUCUUUGAAUCGAGUGUAUACUAUGGUACGAGAUCAGUACAGAAAGGUUUACCACAGAAAUCUAGUUUGAGCCCGCUAUUGUUUAAUAUCUAUGUUAAGGAUAUAUUGUGGCAUGUUCCAUAUAACUGCCAAACUAUACAAUUUGCUGCUGAGAUAAUUAAGAAUUCUCUGGCUUCUGCUUUUGAACGCAUUAGUGAUUGGCUGAGAUCUAUUGGCCUGGAUAUGUUUAUUCCAAAAACUCAAUGUACUAUCUUUAAUAGGAAAAAAACAUCCCCUAUAACAGACAAACAGUUCCUGGAAACCACCGGAGUUAAAAUAAAAACAGAAGUUAAAUACUUGGGUAUAGUGCUGGACGAGAGACUCAGAUGGAAUAGUCAAAUUAAAUCAUUAAAAACCAAAGCAACUCGCUAUAUUAAUGUUCUUAAGUGGCUGGGUGGUCCUUCGUGGGGCAUAAGACCUCGACAAUGUUUAAAUUUUAUAAAUGCCACAAUAGGAGCACAGGUUGAAUGAGAGUGCUCUUGGUAUAUAAAUGCAGCUUGUACUCAUGUCAUCACUAUAGAAAAGAUAUUAUGUCAAGCAUAUAAAGUAGCACUAGGUUUAUCGAGAUCUACCCCUAAUAGAGUGUGCUAGAGUUUUGGAGGUCAGAGAAGUCUGUUGGGCAGAAUUAGUGCAAAAACUGAUAAAUAUAUUUGUAAAUAAAUCCAACUCAAUAAUAAUAUGAUUAUAAACAAAAUUAAAAACUUCUAUAUAACAUCUCAGUCAAGGAAAAUCGCGAAGAGAAAUAUCCCUUUUGUGGUGAAGAGAUGGGAUCAGUUAAGAUUUUAUGAAAAACACUUAUUUAAAUGGAAAGUUCACCCUGCGUACGCCUAUCCCUUCGGUACCUCGGAUGAGAUUGAGAUUGACCAAAGAUCGGGCAACAUGGCUUUAUUGCAAAGACCCCAAUAAUGCUUUUGAGAAUCUUAUACAUUUUUAUAAAACCUCUUCAGAUGAAGUCACUAUAUAUACAGAUGGCUCUCGUACGGACCUUGAUGGAGUGAAUUUUUUAGUGGGUUGUGCAGUGUUUGUCCCUGAUCUAAAUUACUGCUACAAGUAUAAACUCAACUUUACGAGUUCCUUCACAGCGGAAUCAAUAGCGGUGUUUAAGGCAAUUGAACUUUCGCAGAGAAACAACUGGAAAAACGUAAAUAUAUGUACGGAUUCAAAAAGCAAUCUAGAUGUCAUCGGUUCUCCAUCGGAUGUGUACAAAAACACCAUCAAAAAACUUAACCCCUGAAUCGAAGACGUUAAACAAAUGUUAUAUAAGGUGAAAAAUGCAGGUAGUAAUACCGUUUUACCUGGUGCCCGGCAUACAAGAACAUUAGUGGUAAUGAGAAAGCGGACGAGGCAGCAAAAGAUGCAGUGUUGAUUGAUGAGAUGAUGGAUAAUAAGAUUUGUUAUACUGAGGUUCUGGCAUCAUCAAAGAAGGCAUAUGCUUAGAUAGAGCUGGAUUAUAUGGCUAAAAUCAAUAUAGGCACAGGAAAUUAUUAUAUGAAUAAUUUCACAGAUAUUAAUAUUAAAAGAAUUUCGAAAUAUAAAAUGAAUAGAAGGGAACAGUGUAUAUUAUCGAGAUUAGCAGGUUAUCCGUAUACAAAUGCCAUUAAAUUUAAGUUUCUUCGGUAGUAAGUAAAUUUCGGUUUAAUAGAAUCACCUGAAUGUAGUUGUAACUGUUCAAGACCUGAAUUAUAUAUUUUGGAGCUGCCCUAAUUACGAGAAAACUAGAAGGGAACUGUAUAAUAAACUGUUUAAAUAUAAUUGUUAUGCACCUGUCACAGUAGAAGUCUUGUUAUCCAUGAUGAGUGAAAGAUUUGCCAAGACCAUAAUUAAAUUCGUAAUUGAUAGUAAAUUAAAAUUAUAAGUAGACUAUUAUAAUAUAUAUCUCUCUAGGGGACAGUGAGGUCUGUUUCUACAUGUUUGAAUUUAAUGAUCGACCCUUCCACAAUUAAAGCAGCAGCCUUUCCUUUCCUUUUUAGAUGGGCAUAAUUGCCUUGCGUGCCCCAGUGCGAAGCACUUAAAGCAUGUAGUAAUCACACCAAAGAUUCAAACUCGAAUUAGCAGAGACUCAAACCUUAUCUAGUCGAGACUCAUUUAGCAAAGAUUCGAACCCCAGAGUUUGCUGUAGAAUGUAGAUGAAUGACGGGAGGGGAAGAAAAAUCUUCGCAUGAGUGCUAUUUUGAGGCCAUAAAGUGUAUGUGUAGUGUUUGUUGUAUGAGAAAAGCGAGUGAGUAUUAUAGUAAUAAAAAUGGAAUGUGGAGAAGGUGGAAUUUAUAUAUCAUAUUGGCUCCGGCCAUUUUGAGGCCAAAUGACCAAAUAUGAGUGGGAAGACCUUCCUUGCCCUCCUGUCGUUCAUCUACAGAUCUUGGGAGCUUUCCAGCAAGAGACACAAAUUGACACAGCGGUAAUGUUGUCCUUGUCCCUCACUGAAUAUCAAACAAAGAUAGAAAUACUGUUGUGUCAAUUUGUAUUGCUUGCUGAAAAACUUCCCUUGGUGGCCAUCACCAUAUACGUAAUAAGACUAUAUUGCUAACGUCGGACUUAUCCUAUAGGAGAAGUGGGUAAAAUCAAAGAGAGAUAGACGUAGUGAAAAUCGUAUGUAACAUAGGCUGUUUUAUAGCUAGGAUACGCUAACGCUACACUGUGUUCCACUGUGUAACGUUUUAUUGGAACAAUUAGAACUCUAAACUUAGUUUCAGAAAACACCAGAGUGUGUUUGUAUUCCAUAUUUUUACUCUCAACCAUCUAUAUUUACAUAUAAUAGUAAAAUUAGAAAAUCUCUUACCAAUUCAAUCAAAACUAACCACAAUCUUUCUUUUAAUUUGAAGAUAUAUGUUUCAAUAUUUAUAAUUUUUCAACGGUACAAGACC